GACUAUCCUUUGACUUCUGGAAACUAACUGAGUGUACAGUCCAAAAGGGAGCUAAUCCACUUACAGGAUGUCCUGCUACAGCCAUUGGACAGAAUUUUGAAUGCUGUAUGCCGCUGAAGUUCCGAUCUGGAAAUAGGAAUGUUAAUGUUAAGUUUACUGUUUCUGCCUGUGAUGAGGUACAGUACAGUGUGGAGAGGAAACAAUGGACUAAAUCUGGAUUGUCUGUCAUUUCUGGCAACCAAGUAUCAGAGGACUUAGGCCAAUCAUUCCAGCUUAAUUAUACCCUUACAGAUGCCUCUGGAUCUGUUAGAGUUAUCAUGUCUCUACAAGCAUGCUACCUAGCUCAACAGCAACCAUGUGAUAUAUAUGAACUGACCCCUAAAGCUAGUGUAACCAUUAAUAAGCCAUCAUGUUCUGGUAGGAGAAGGAAAAGAAGGGAGGCUACUGAACCAAGUCCUACCAACUUCCAUGAAGGAAUGAGAAUUCUAACAGAGAGAAAGGCGUCUAAUGAAGAAAUGGAAGCCUAUAUUGGCAAAGUUCAACAACACGAGCAUGAAGAAAAGCUGAUGAAUUUAGAAGGUGUUGAAAUUUCACCUGGUGAUACUAAAAUAGGACCAAAGUCUGCUCUGAAGGCAUUAGGGAAGAAUAACCCAGCAGCCAUAGUAACUACGGGAGAAGUGGCUGCCCCAACACCUGUGGAAGGGGGCUCAGAGAUAGCUAAUAUGAUGGGUGUUACUGGGGACAUAAAAGGAAGAACAAAACAGGCGUUUGUUGUGGGGAGUGGUUUGACCAAUGUUGGUAUCAAGUUACUGGGAGAGAAAGUGGCCAACAUGACCAUUGGUGACCUGGGUACUAUGUUUGAUAUGAAAAACAUUGAUCCAGUUCUUAUAUACAAACUUGGAUUGCAACUAAAAGAUUUGGCAAGAGCUUUGCUGUCUGAGUUCAUUGACCAUAUAAUGAAUGGGCAGAUAAUGAACAUACUUCAAUCCUUUGAUGUUCCAAUGAAAGGAGAUUUUAGUUUUCCUAAACAGCAUGCCACCUUCUUCGAAGUCCACCAGACCUAUGUUCUUGGCGGCUUUAUAAUAAUGACGUUUGAGUUUGGUGCUGGUGCUUAUUAUGGGAUGAAGUUUGAGAUAGGGGCCAAGUUAAUGGAUAUGAAAGCUUAUGCUACGAUAGUUCCCUAUGGUGGUGUAGAGGUUUGGGGAGAGUUGGGUAUAGGCUUCCUAUUGUAUGGCAAACUUAGAUUGGAAGGCAGAAUUAUGGAUCUGAGAUUUCCAACGACAGCUGAAAUUGGUUUCAACAAAUUUCCACUUGAUGUUGGAAUGUCGAUGUACUUGGAGCUGACACCAAUAGAGAUAAGGCUGCUUGGACUGGUGACACUCGAAAUCAAUUUACUGUUUGUAUCGUUUAAGAAAGUGUUGUAUCAGCAUAAAAUCUGGGGUUACAAAGCUCCUACCAUCAGAGCCAAAAUAGUGGACACGUUUAAAAAAGAAGUCGACAAGUCUGCUCCAGAAAUAGACUCCUUUGUUGAUAAAGUAACUUCUGAAAGGAAAAAGAGAGGAGCUGCACCAUGCCAAGUUAGACAGUUACCAGGCCUAGACUUUACUGAGCCUCGUUUUGAGAUAGCUGUAAGGGCAGCAGACGACAGAUGUCAGGUCAAAUUAUUUCUCAAUGUGGGAACUGUUCCUGGAGGUCAUGAUGUCCUUCAUGAGAAAGAACUGGGAGGCCCAUCUACAAUAGUAAAGGAGAGAUUAAAAACAUCCGGAGUUCCUCUUUAUUUCACUAUGAUUGCUGAAAAUGACUCGGGUCAGAGGUCAAGGGCAAGCUGUUACUUAGCAACAUAUGAUGUUACCUUGCCUGGAGGUCGUUUCCAAGAGGAAUACAUUACUUCUAGUAAUCCAUCUGUAAUGAGAGCAUCAAUUACAGUGUAUGAAGACUCAGACCUUCAACAGUCCAUGGUUGGUGUGGGAUUUGGCAAGGAUAUCUAUGGAGAUCAAGUUGUUAGCUGGGCUGAUGUUUCCAUGAAAGAACAACAGCAUACAUUCAACAUUGGAUAUGAUCCAUUUAACCAUGAAGUUUUGAGAAAGAUGUUCACUGGCUCCCGCACUGGCCGUUUGAUAGCACCUAAAGCUGGCCCAGAUACUACCAAGAAUUCUCCUGGUGAUUGUGCCAGGGCAUGUGCUGACCUACCUCACACUAAAUGCAUGAGUUUUAAUUAUGACUUUGGCAAGGCUACAUGUGAACUGAUGGAAGCCAUAGAAGGCCAUGACUACAAACGUUCCAAGUCUGGACUAUUUGAACAUUAUGAGAGACUUGGUGUAGGAAAAACAAAACAGUUUGUUUAUGACCAACUAAUCUUACAGCAUAAUAAGAUACACUACUUUAACUUUAUGAUGGUGAAUGUUCUGUCUUACACAAAUAUCAUAUCAUCUAGAGGCGUAUUGUUAGACCUGACUACACCAUUAACAGGUCUAAUCAAGAAUGCCAGUGCUGACUACCUGGAAAUUGUUCCUUGUUUAAGUAUGAUUCCAGAACAAAACAGACCAGACUGGAAAAUAUGGUGCAAAGGAAUCAAUACUAAAGUCAAAAAUCACAGAUUAAUUAUUGAUGGGCAAGGAUCUCUGACUGUGUUUAAUGGACCAGACCCUAUGACUGACCUUAGAUACACACGUGCAAAUAGAUACAUUUCAGCUAACUGGGAUGGUUUUAAUGACAAGGAGAGUGGAUUGCUGGGAUACACUAUUACAGUGGGCAAACAACACUGUGAGGAUUUAAUCCACCCUCAUCAUGAUCCACAUAAACAUCUGUUUGACAAGUCACAGUGGACUAACUCAGCCAUGAUUAGUCCAAUACCGGCUCCAUAUACAAUACUACCAGAUGGAACAUACUUUAUCACAGUGAGGGCUUUGAAUGAAGUAAAGUAUGGAGGGCCAUUAUCAACAACUGUUUGUCAUACCACACCAUAUAUAGUGGACAAUUCUCCUCCAUUUGUGUGGGAAAUAUUUGAUAUCAACUAUGAUGAGGAUACAUUAGAACUGACAGCAAAACACAAUUCAAGUGAUCCAGAUUCUGGACUAGAGUCCAAUGAUUUAUGUUUUGGACACACCACACGUGAUUGUGAUGAGAUGGAAUGGACAAGACUAACCUUUAACCCAAACAUUUCAUACACAAAAAGGUUGUCAAAUGGGAUACCAAUCUGGAUUAAAAUCAAGGCAGUGAAUAGAGUUGAUUUAAGGACUAUAGGUGUAGCUGAUCAGGCCAUUAUUAUAGACAAGACCCCUCCAGAACCUGGUACAGUAAAUGAUGGACCACUGUAUGGUACAGACUUACUCUACACCAAAAACUGGGAUACUCUGUGUGCUAACUGGUUACACUUCUAUGACCCUGAGUCGGGUAUUGCCUUCUACAUGGUCAGUGCAGGCUCAUUACCAGACAUAAAUAUUACUGACAUUGCCAACCUGACUCAGUACAACAGGAAAACACAUGAAGCAUGUGUACCAUUGUCUACAGGUCAAUAUCUAGAACAUGGAAAGACUUAUUACACCACAGUGUGGGCUUACAAUGGAGCCAUUAGACAGAGGAACUGUGUGGGAAUAUCAAAUGGAGUGACAGUAGAUUUGUCAAAGCCAGUUCCAGGACAGGUUAUUGAUGGUAAUGUUACUGGCUUUAAAGAUAUUGAGUUUUCUCCAAGUCCGGCCAAGGUUGAGGUACAAUGGAGAAACUACUAUGAUCCAGAAUCUACCAUCAAACAGUAUGAAGUACAAGUCGAGAGAGCUCCGAAUCAGACCAAUGACUACAGUGUUAUCAGAGACUGGGUUCCAUAUUCCAAUACUACAAGAAGUGUCAAAUGGUUGAACUUUCACCUUCAACAUAAGGAUAAAGUCAAGGUCAACCUUAGGACAACAAAUGGAGCAUUGAAUACUAUUGUGAAUACUACAAAUGGGUUUGUGGUAGAUCUGACACCUCCAACCUUGAUAAGUCUGGGAGAUGGUCUGGAACCAGGAAAGGAUAUAGAAUUUCAGUCAGGGAAUACCACGUUGUCAACCAACUUCAAGUUUGUGGAUGAGGAGUCUGGACUAGACCAUUAUAAAUUCCAAAUAUAUGAGAGACAUCAGGGAAUCACCACACAGAUUGUACCUAACAAACAUGGAGCAUGGUUAGAAGUAAAAGAUGAUAUACACAGAGCUAAAUAUACACACACAGGCCUGUCGCUGCACCAGGGAGGAUUGUACAGUAUCAGGGUGGGGGCUGUUAACAAAGCAGGAUUUGUAGCAGCCUUUGAUACCAGUGGGGUGGUGAUAGACCAUGAACCCCCUAUAAUCCAUUGGUUGAAAGUUGGAACACUAUCUGAAGGACAUGAAGAAGACAUUGAUGGCUAUGUGUGGCAGGCGGACACCAGUGGCAUUAAAGCCGCUUGGGAUGCAGAUGAUCAUCAGUCUGGUGUGGUUGGCUACAAGGUGGCUGUGGGUACUACUAAAGGAGGAACUGACAUUUCCUCAUGGAAAGAUUAUGGAUCAGAUAGAGAUAUAUACAUCAAAGGUUUGACAUUGACUGUCAGUAAUGAGACAGCUCAUUAUCCAGUGUACUACGUCAGUCUGAAGGCUAUCAAUGGAGCUGGUCAAGAGAGUGAUCCCGUCAUAUCGUCACCUAUCAUGGUAGUGGAUGAAGAUGAACCAGGUCAAGAGAGUGAUCCCGUCAUAUCAUCACCUAUCAUGGUAGUGGAUGAAGAUGAACCAGCUGGUCAAGAGAGUGAUCCCGUCAUAUCUUCACCUAUCAUGGUAGUGGAUGAAGAUGAACCAGCUGGUCAAGAGAGUGAUCCCGUCAUAUCUUCACCUCUCAUGGUAGUGGAUGAAGAUGAACCAGGUCAAGAGAGUGAUCCCAUCAUAUCGUCACCUAUCAUGGUAGUGGAUGAAGAUGAACCAGUGUACUACGUCAGUCUGAAGGCUAUCAAUGGAGCUGGUCAAGAGAGUGAUCCCGUCAUAUCUUCACCGAUCAUGGUAGUGGAUGAAGAUGAACCAGGUCAAGAGAGUGAUCCCGUCAUAUCUUCACCUAUCAUGGUAGUGGAUGAAGAUGAACCAGCAGGUCAAGAGAGUGAUCCCGUCAUAUCUUCACCGAUCAUGGUAGUGGAUGAAGAUGAACCAGGUAUAGUUAUUGAUGGUGCAGACCGAACAGAGAUUCCAAUAAUGUCAGAUAUUGGUGACGACCUUGACUACCAGUCAGACAUGUCCACAGUCAGUGUACAGUAUACAGGGUUUGAGAGCCACCUCCAUGGUGUAAUGGCCUAUGAAUGGGCUGUUGGGACUACACAAGGAGGGGAGGAAGUACAACCAUUCAUGCCACAUGGAAUCAUCCAUAAUGAAGAGAAGGAUGUGAAAGGAGAUGGAGUAACAAGUUCAGGGUAUGCUCAGAUAACUCUCCCUCUAGAACCAGAGACAACAUACUACACAACAAUCAGGGGUAUUACUAAUGCAGGAAAUGUCAUUGAGGCUACAUCUGAUGGUUUUACUGUCGAUAUAACUCCUCCUAUAAUAGUAAUUGACAGACUGACAGGACUGACAUCAUCUGACAACAAUAUACAAUCUGGAGGAUCUGUUUACCAGAAAUCUGCUGAUUCCCUGUCUGCCAUGUGGCAUUACAACGACACAGAAAGUGGUAUUGAGAGGGCUUGGUACUCUGUAGGAACUUAUCCCUAUGCUGAAGAUGUUUCACAGAGGAAAGAGGUGGAUGUUUCAUCUGUACUCCUUAGUGAACUUCCCCUGGCCUUAGUCACUCCUGACUUAUCAGGAAAGCCCAAUAUUAUAAAUAUAUGGGCAGAAAACAAAGCUGGCUUGGUGAGCCAGAGUAUGUCUGGUGGAGUAAUCAUAGACACAACACCUCCAGGGCCUGGUGUGGUACAGUGUCCAGAAUAUGUUGGUCUGGAAAUGCCAAUUCAUUGUAAAUGGACAGGGUUCUUAGACAAUGAAAGUCCAAUAGAGAACUUCAACAUUUCUAUGGGGUCAUCACAAGGUUCAAAUGAUAUUUUAGCUGGUCAUACAGUGUCCGGGUAUACAAGUCUGUAUUCUAUACAAGGUGUAAAUAGCUUGUUGGAACAUGGAAAGUCUUACUAUGUGACAGUAACAGCUAUUAACACAGUCGGCAUGGAAACCUAUGCUUUCUCUGGUCCUGUUGCCAUAGAUACAACCCCACCAAAAUAUGGUAAGGUUGUUGACCUUCAUACAACCUACAGAAUAGAUGUGAGAGACAAUGAAGCUACUGUCAGAAUGAAUGCAAAGAUUUGUUCAAAUGAUGAAGAGUGUGAUGAUUUAGAUGCUACUUGUUCAGAAUCUCUCUCCUCAGUAACAGCAACAUGGCAGCCAUUUUAUGAUGAAGAAUCUGGUAUUGAGGGGUACCAGAUAGCCUUGGGAACUACUCCUGGUGGUGGACAGAUUAAACCAUUCUUUGACAUACCUCUUGAUGUCAAGUAUUUCACAAUUGGCGGACUCGACUUGAUGGGUCAGAGAAAGGUUUAUGUAUCCAUCAAAGGGACCAAUGGAGCUGGACUAUCUAGUGUAGCAACAUCAAAUGGUCUGUUUUUGUCUUAUAUCAGUCAAGGAUUACCUCCCCUUACACACAUAGGAGUGUAUGAUGUACUUAAAGGAUCACAUGGUGAUGUGAAUUUCCAGGAGAGCUUUGACACAUACAGGGCAUCAUGGGAUGUGUCAGGUGAUCCAUGUCCAGUUGUUAAAUAUGAAUGGCAGAUACAGAGACUGGAUGGGUUAGUUGUACAAGAAUGGCUAGAUGUUGGAGUGAAAACAGCAGGAAUGAAUGAUGGUCUACACAUGAAGAAUGGAGAGUUGUAUUACUCCUUACUGAGAGUAACUAAUGCCCUAAACUACACCUACAUCAUCAGAUCUGAUGGAGUGACUAUAGAACAAGAUCCAUUACUACCUGGCAAAGUGUUUGAUGGGGAUAUCACAGGGUAUGACUUAAACUUCCUACCAUCCAAAACAAUGGUCACAGCUAACUGGGAUGGAUUUGGACUCCCUGCUGGUGCCUCAUCUCAAGUGGAUGUAAUUUCAGGAAAUCCAGGAAUUCAUGUGGACCAAUCAAAAUUAGAAGAACAACCGGAUAACCAACAGGUGGCGUUCUAUGAGGUAGCUGUAGGAACAGAUCGAAGAUUCCCAAAGACCAGAGACAAUAUUGUGCCAUUUACAAAUGUGGGAAAGAAUACUACUGUGACCUUCUAUAAUCUUGAUCUGGUACCUGGAACGGGACUUUAUUAUUUCACUGUUAAAGCAUCCAGUGCAUCAUAUUCAGUUGCCACAGUAACAUCAAAUGGCUUCCAUGUUGGAUUUGAUGGAGGUGUUACUCCUGGCACUAUUAUAAUGAAUGACUACAUAAACACAGACAGGCAGGUGGAUGUUCAGUUUGAAGGUUUCACAUCCAAGUUAGACAUACUAAUGUAUUAUGUAGCUGUAUCUAAUGACACAGAUCUCAAUGGAACUGACUGUAAAUUAUAUGUAAGUUAUAAGUUAGACAUACUAAUGUAUUAUGUAGCUAUAUCUAAUGACACAGAUCUCAAUGGAACUGACUGUAAAUUAUAUGUAAGUAAUAAGUUAGACAUACUAAUGUAUUAUGUAGCUAUAUCUAAUGACACAGAUCUCAAUGGAACUGACUGUAAAUUAUAUAUUGAUGGAGGAUCAGCCACUGAAGAAGAGAAACAGCACCUGUUUAGUAUCUUCCCUGUCAGUAAUAUCAACAAGAACACAUUCUACACACUAACACCUCUACAACUGGACCAGGGACACACAUAUUAUGUAUAUGUUAUGGGCACUGACAAAUCUGGUGAAUGUGGAAUGACCUAUCACAAGUUUACAGUAGAUAUAACACCACCACAGUCUGGCCACAUCAAAGCAGGACCUUAUUAUGAUAUGCCUGUAACCUAUACCCCAGAUAACUCAACAAUAUCUGUGACCUGGAAGGACUUUAUUGACCUUGAAUCUUACAUAGAUACAUUUGAAGUAUCACUGUGGAGGAAUAUGUCAUGUGACAGUGAUAGUACAGAGGAGUUAGUAGUUGACUGGAUAGAGCUGACCAGUAAUUAUACACAGUAUGACUUUGUGGAACUGGAACUUAAGAAAAACAUUCCCUAUACAGUAAGAUUCAAGGUGACAAAUCAAGCAGGCCUUUUUAUACUACAAGAAACUUCACCAGUUCUAUUUGAUGUCUCACAACCAUCCAUUGGUAAAGUGGUGGAUGGAAAAGAUUUCUUGAAUGAUCAAGUCUGGUUUAGUUCAUCUACAACUGCUACAGGAUCCUUGCUGCAUUUGGCUAGUCCAUUUGGUCCAGCUUGUCCUUCAAGAAGUAUAUCUAUGGUCAAUGAUCCAAAGUGGACAGAACUCCAACAGAUUGGUUUGAGGGAUCCCAGUGGACAGAAAUGGUCACUUAUCCAUCGUACAGAGAAUGUUGACCGACUUGUCUAUGAUGAUACGGUGACCAUCAAGCUGGGCAGAGACAAUCAUAAAAAACAGAUGUUUACUGGGGCAUUAUACAGAUCAGCUGACUAUGAAAAUGGAGGCACUUACUCUAUAUCCGUAAAAGCUGCAGGAGGAGAAGGGAUAGGUGUUACUGGUAUAAUGUUAUGGGACGGACCAGAAGAUGGUAUAGCUACCUAUGACUAUAAGGAGGAGGCAGAUUGGAGCCAGUCUGUGGCCCAGUGCUGCUUGUUAGAUAUCAUACCUAAGGAAUGCUGGAAAGUUAUAAACUGUACUACAUACCUGGAUAGUAGAUACUUCAACUCAACAGUGCCCACAGCCUCUCCCACCACUACUACAAUAACCCCCCAGAACAUCACAGACACACCCUACCAUGUCGUAAAUAAACCUGAUGGAAGUGUAGUAGACACACCCAUGGACACAAGUGUACCAAUAGCACAGUCAUCUUGUGGAAUACAAAUAUUCUCUGGUACCUCUCCACACAUUGUAACAUGGUGCAGAACAUUCAACGACACUUUUAGGGUCAUGAAAACAUCUAUACCUGUCAACUUUGACCCUUCUGCUAGUUUCCAUAGAUACAGAAUCAAGAUUAGUGCUGAGAAGGAAGAAGCUGUUGAUCUGAACUGGUGCAUGACUGUACAUGUGGAUGAGGAUCAGUUGACAAGGAUUUGUGGAAUAGUGCCACUGAGUGAUUCCACUAAAUUAGUCCUGCACGUGUGGAACAGAGACAACUAUGUGCCAGAUAUAACAGACAUGUUUAAUGUAUUCUCUACCAAGGCAUACUUCAAAGAUCUAGUCAUGCCUCCUGCACCAGGAUCAUUGUGUCGCUAUGGUGAUCCCUUUAGAGGAGGAACCAAUCCAAUUCUCCGAUAUGAAGUGGGAAUCGGAAGUGACAAGUUGUUGACGGACAUUGCACCAUUUAGAGAAGUUAUAAAACCAUGCAUUCCCUGCUAUGGAGAAUGUUCUAAAUAUAACUGUGAUACAACCUGUAAUGCUAAUGAAUAUGUAGAUAUGACCUUCACCUUAAACAAUCUUGAUCUGAAAUCUGUUGCUGUGGUAACCAAUGACACAGGACAUCAAAUCAACAAAACAUUAAUAUAUUUCUUCACAGGUAAGUAA